CCCUGGACAGGUUGCCAGUCUAUCGUAGGACACAUUGUCUCUAUUUUUCAUAUAUAGUUACUUAUUUGCUUUAUGGAUGUCAGUGGAAAUGUAUGAAGUUCUAAUGAGUUCAAUGUCUUCUACAUAAAAUAUUCAAUACAGAGAAAAAAUAAUGAUUAUGACUUUUUCCAUAAUUUAUCCACCCUGUCUUUGGAUAAUCUUUGUCUUUGGAUAAUCUUCUUCUGCAUCUCUGUUUUUUGUUAGAUUUUUUUGUUUAUCUUCUUUCUAUUUUAUUUGAGCUGCAUUUCAUUUCAUGAUAUGACUGCUACCCGUUUUCCAGUAACAUAAACCAGAGAUGGUUCUGGUAGUGGUAGGACUUUUCUUCUGUCACCUACACAACCAAUCACAGAGCAGAAAAUCACCAAUUUAAAGUCAGGCACAAAACAUGACAAAUAGUCUCCCUAUUCUGAAUGGUAAGUAGUGGGCACCAACUCUGUAUUGACUCUAUAUAAGCAGGAAACCAACAGAGAACUUUUUAUUUUGUUGCUAUACACCCCCUUUCUAAUGCUACCCUGGGCAUCUGCCCAUAUGGCAAAGUGAUUCAGUUGCUCAGGAUGAUGUAAUAUGCUGAUAUAAAGUUUAUUCUCUUAUAAAUGGUGCUACAUGCGUGAGGUGAAUCCCUAUCUGGUCAUGCUAAUUAAAAGCUAAUGAUAUUCUUUCUACCUCUGCCAGAUAGCUUUUGGUGGUGGCAGUAUUAUUUUGUGGGAGAAAAAAGCUUUCUGGUGAAAAAAGGCUGGUCAUCAUUAAAUUUUUGGCGCAUGCUGGUUGAGGAAUGAGAUGUCUUCCCACAGCAGUGUGUGACCAAGCAGUUGACCAGCAUAAUGAUUAGGUGCAUGUUGUUAUGGCUGAGCAUUAAAUUAAUAAUUUGUCAAACUGCUAGUAAUAUUUGUAUCUUCAAACAGAUAACUUCUGUAUUAUCACUUGUCUACCACACAGCUUAUCAGAAUCAGGCCACUCAUGGAAUUAUACUAUGACUUUUGAGAGAAUGAUUGGCUUUAAAGAAGAUGACUUUUGUGACUCUUCUCCAGAAGCCUUCGGUUUGAUUAUGAAACAUUUUAAAUGCCUCAGGCGUCACUCUGGGUCCAAAGUUCAUGACAGUUAGAGGACUACAAGUCCAGCCUACCAGGUGGUGAAACAUUUACAAUGUACCCUUUUUAUGGACUUGUUUAAAAGGUGAUGGAAACUUCAGAUGUUACUGUUUGAAAGGACGUAUUGACUCAUUCAGAGACAAUGGCAUGGCAGUUUUGCAUGGAAUAUUUCAGUGAAAUAUGACAAAUGUCCAUUGGAGAUUAACAGAUUUCUGUUGUAGCUGCUGUUCUGGUGGUCAAUCUUUCACGCUCAUGCCAGUGAAGUGACAUCAGCGCCAUGUCGCUAGCUCGUAAUGUUUCCCCUUACAACACUACUAUGACUCCUUGUUCCGGCUUCUACUGUGACAUUGCAAAGGCCACAUUGCUCCCACGUUGUUUAUAUACAGCAGAACUCUAUUUUGGGUCAAACAAGCACCUAUACCACCUUCAUUAUAGAACUUAAACCCUUGUAAGCUGCAUAAAAGCUCCAAGGGAGCCACUUAGGCUCAAUCAUAAUUUGCUCUUUUGGCUUGAUUGAUAGCGUAAAAUGCUCCGACUCUGCGUGGGAGACCAAAUUCCCAAAGACUUCAACUGUUCUCUGGAAUGAAUACAACAAACGAAAGUGUAAACAGAAAUUCUUUAACAAUUAUACAACUGCUAGUUGAGGUGUUCUGGAGGUCAUAAUGCUCAGAGUCUGAAGUUUUCAGACUCUGAGCAUUAUGCUGCAAAGCAUAGGGUGCCAGCAAUAGUGUUUGCCCCAGGGAAAUGUUUCAUAUUUUGCCAAGUUACAGCCACAUACUUUGUGGAAGAUUGUCGAAACCAAAACCUUUGUGGAAAGAAAGCAUUUAAAUUUGGUUAUAAACAAUGUAGGAGGUUAAAAACCUAACAUCACACAUGCCCUGAGCACAUCAAUAUGCAUUAAUACACACCUUAGAAACCAUCUCAUCUCUACCACAAAAGCUAACAUUUACAGUCUAUAGGAUUUCAGCCAAUCAGUACUUAUGAAAUGAAUGACACUCCUAGAUCGGCUGCUUUGUCAAUGGUAGCCAAUAGCAUGUCAAGUAGCAUUGUGCCUCAGUAUUUGAGAUUCCCACGCUGCAUUUCUUUGGAAUAUUUUUUGUAUAUAAUUUGGAGUUACAUUCCAUUAAAAAAGUUGCAAUCAACAUGGGUACAUGGAUUAUAAUGAACCAGUAAGUGUCCAUAUCUACGUCCAAUUCAGAAUCUAUUGUGAGACUUAAUAUUUUACAUAUUUGUAACCAAAUAUGAAAUAUUCUUUUGGUCAGAGGGAUAAAAAGCACAUCAAGCCCCAGUCUUUACCUUCAUACUUCUGUUGCAGUUGUUCCUCCCCAUCAUCUGACCAUUUCACUACAUUUCCUUUAUUCGCUCCAUCUCCCUCAGCAUUUUUUCACCCUCCCCCGACUCCUCCUUACUCUCCUACCCCCCUGCAUAGCUGAAUGAGUACAAACAGUUCGAAAGUUUACUCCAAAACACUCCAGCGUUCUCUGCUGCGCUGCCACCAAGGGUAACUCUCCUUCCUUGCCAGUUUCAGCGAACAGGAAGAGAGCGUACCUUCAAGGUCACCGGUGUCAGCUGGGACAUGUGCGAUGACAUCCUGCCUUCACUUUGAGCUUCAUCGGAAACAAAUUUGAAGCGUUUUCCUCGUUGCAUUCACAAAUCAUGAAAUGUCUCCAAUCUGAUUGGCAGCUGAUUGACCCUUCGACCUGUUCAAGGGCACUGAAACCUGCUCUGUUAAACUUUAAGGUUUAUUGCUUGGAGCGAAAAGGCGAGGCCUCUGACAGCUGAAAUGAUUCACUUUUUAUGCUUUAAUUUAUGAUUAAAAUAAAGAAAUCCUCAAACAAAUAGAGAUUUUCCUAGCUGUGUGUGUCUGUGUGUGUCCUCUCCCCAACAGGACACACUGACCUUAGAGAGGAAGAGCUAACCGUUCUGUGGAUUACUCCCUCUGCAUUCCUCAUGUUAUCUCUGCUGUGUGCAACAGUUUAUCUUAACCUAUGUUUCUUUUCUAUCUUCAGUGUUUUGGGAGAAAGCCUUUUAGUCUAUAAAAUGCACCAGUCAGUCACCUCCCGAGGUGGACUUUCACAUCUCUUGCUGCUGUUUUAUCUUCUUGACUCCCAUUUUUUUGUGUGUGUUUCUCUCCUCUGAUUGUUCCUGUCUGCAGAGUAAACGGACUCGCACAGACGGCUGUGCCGGUUUUUCUGCGACUGUGGGGGGAAAACUGUGAAGCAACUUUAUGAAAAGUGUAAUUUAAUUAGAGAAAGAGCAGAGAGUAAUUAUAGCAUGGAAAAAAUAAGGAAGCCAUGAGAACAGAACAGGGAAGUUGAGAAAUAUUCACCCGUCCUCUUUGCUAACAUACGUUUGAGUUGGAUCCACUCCCCCACCCCCUAUCCCCCUGUUUCUCUCUGCAACUCACCUGUCGAGUUUUGCCUCCCAUCCCCCCAAAGCUCCUCCCCCUACAGGGCAGGUAGGACUCCAGCUGCAGAUAUAAAGGUAUGCUAACGCCAAGCAGACCAUCUUCUCUGCUCUGGGAGUGAAGAAGACAGCAGGGCCGAGAGUAGCGGUGUGGGAAACGGAAAGAGGCGGAGUGGGGAAGUUUUGAAAACGAGAAUUGGAUUGACUGCUCUCAGAGCUACUCUGCAAUCAUGGGGCUUGGAAAAGGGAAGGAUGAUUACAAGCCGGCCGCAACGUCGGAACACAAUGAAAAGAAGAGCAAGAAGGGGAAACAGAAGAAGGAUAUGGACGAACUGAAGAAAGAAGUGGAUCUGGAUGAUCACAAACUGACAUUGGAUGAACUUCACAGAAAAUAUGGCACAGACCUAUCAAGGGGUCUUUCUGCCUCCAGAGCAAAAGAGAUUCUAGCCCGAGAUGGUCCAAAUGCCCUGACACCUCCCCCAACCACACCCGAAUGGGUGAAGUUCUGCAAGCAGCUGUUUGGUGGUUUCUCUAUGCUGCUGUGGAUUGGGGCGAUCCUCUGCUUCCUCGCUUAUGGUAUUCAGGCUGCUGCAGAAGAUGAACCAGCAAACGAUAAUUUGUAUUUGGGUAUUGUGCUGUCUGCUGUCGUCAUCAUUACUGGUUGCUUCUCCUAUUACCAAGAAGCCAAGAGCUCCAAGAUCAUGGAGUCCUUUAAGAACCUUGUCCCACAGCAAGCCCUGGUUGUCCGUGAUGGGGAGAAGAAGAGCAUCAACGCUGAGGAUGUGGUGGCCGGAGAUUUGGUGGAAGUGAAGGGUGGAGACAGGAUUCCUGCUGAUCUCAGGAUCAUCUCUGCUCAUGGCUGCAAGGUGGACAACUCCUCCCUUACUGGUGAAUCAGAACCCCAGACCCGAUCCCCAGAAUUCACCAACGACAAUCCGCUGGAGACCAGAAACAUUGCUUUUUUCUCCACCAACUGUGUUGAAGGAACUGCCAGAGGAAUUGUCAUCAACACCGGAGACCGAACCGUUAUGGGUCGCAUUGCCACCUUGGCUUCCAGUCUGGAGGGAGGAAAAACUCCGAUUGCCAUUGAGAUUGAGCACUUUAUCCACAUCAUCACCGGCGUGGCCGUCUUCCUGGGUGUGUCUUUCUUCAUCCUCUCCCUCAUCCUUGGCUAUGGAUGGCUGGAGGCCGUCAUUUUCCUCAUUGGUAUCAUUGUGGCCAACGUUCCAGAAGGUCUCCUGGCUACCGUCACUGUGUGUCUGACUCUGACUGCCAAGCGUAUGGCCAAGAAGAACUGCCUGGUAAAGAACUUGGAAGCUGUGGAGACUCUGGGCUCCACCUCCACCAUCUGCUCCGACAAGACCGGCACCCUGACCCAGAACAGGAUGACCGUGGCUCACAUGUGGUUUGACAACCAGAUCCACGAAGCUGACACCACUGAGAACCAGAGUGGCACCUCGUUUGACCGGAGCUCGGCCACCUGGGCGUCUCUGGCCAGGAUCGCCGGACUCUGCAACCGAGCCGUCUUCCUGGCCGAGCAGAACAACAUUCCCAUCCUCAAGAGAAAUGUGGCUGGUGACGCCUCAGAAGCUGCCUUGCUCAAGUGUAUUGAGCUGUGCUGCGGUUCUGUUAAGGACAUGAGAGAGAAGUACCCCAAGGUCGCUGAGAUUCCAUUCAACUCAACCAACAAAUACCAGCUGUCCGUCCACAAGAACACAACUCCUGGAGAAACCAAGCACCUACUGGUGAUGAAGGGAGCCCCAGAGAGGAUUCUGGACCGCUGCUCCACCAUUGUGCUGCAGGGCAAGGAGCAACCUCUGGAUGACGAGAUGAAGGAUGCUUUCCAGAACGCCUACGUGGAGCUGGGAGGUUUAGGAGAGAGAGUUCUCGGUUUCUGCCACUUCCAUCUGCCUGACGACCAGUUCCCAGAUGGCUUUGCUUUUGAUACUGAAGAAGUGAACUUCCCGACUGAGAACCUGUGCUUCAUCGGCCUCAUGGCCAUGAUUGACCCACCACGUGCCGCUGUGCCAGACGCUGUGGGCAAAUGCAGGAGUGCAGGAAUCAAGGUAAUCAUGGUGACAGGUGACCAUCCAAUCACAGCCAAGGCCAUCGCUAAAGGUGUUGGCAUCAUCUCUGAAGGCAAUGAGACCGUUGAGGACAUUGCCGCCCGCCUGAACGUUCCGAUUUCAGAAGUCAACCCCAGGGAUGCCAAAGCUUGCGUUGUUCACGGCGGUGAGCUCAAAGACAUGACGACAGAACAGAUCGACGAGAUCUUAAAGCACCACGCAGAAAUUGUCUUCGCCAGAACAUCGCCCCAGCAGAAGCUGAUCAUCGUUGAGGGUUGCCAGAGGCAGGGAGCCAUUGUGGCUGUGACAGGUGAUGGCGUCAACGACUCUCCAGCUCUGAAGAAAGCCGACAUCGGCGUCGCCAUGGGAAUUGCUGGGUCCGACGUGUCCAAGCAGGCAGCUGACAUGAUCCUGCUGGACGACAACUUUGCCUCCAUCGUUACCGGAGUGGAAGAGGGCCGUCUGAUCUUUGACAACUUGAAGAAAUCCAUCGCCUACACUCUGACCAGUAACAUCCCUGAGAUCUCACCCUUCCUCCUCUUCAUCAUCGCCAACAUCCCUCUGCCUCUGGGCACUGUCACCAUCCUCUGUAUCGACCUGGGAACAGACAUGGUUCCCGCCAUCUCCCUGGCUUAUGAAGCAGCUGAGAGCGACAUCAUGAAGAGACAGCCCCGAAACCCCAAAACAGACAAACUGGUGAACGAGAGGCUUAUUAGCAUGGCCUAUGGACAAAUUGGUAUGAUGCAGGCCACAGCUGGGUUCUUUACAUACUUUGUGAUCUUGGCUGAAAAUGGCUUCCUCCCCAUGGACCUGAUUGGAAUCAGAGUCCUCUGGGAUGACAAAUUUGUAAAUGACCUGGAAGACAGCUAUGGACAGCAAUGGACAUACGAGAGAAGAAAGAUCGUUGAGUUCACCUGCCACACAGCUUUCUUCACCAGUAUUGUGAUCGUCCAGUGGGCCGAUCUGAUCAUAUGUAAAACCAGGAGGAACUCUAUUGUGCAGCAAGGAAUGAAGAACCGCAUCCUGAUCUUCGGACUCUUUGAGGAGACAGCUCUGGCUGCUUUCCUGUCAUACUGUCCAGGCAUGGAUGUGGCCCUCAGAAUGUACCCUCUUAAGCCUGCUUGGUGGUUCUGUGCCUUCCCAUACUCCUUCCUCAUCUUCCUCUAUGAUGAAGUUAGAAGAUAUAUCCUCAGACGCAGCCCAGGAGGUUGGGUGGAGCUGGAGACAUACUACUGAGUCGGGCCAGAAGAAAAAGAAAACUCAUAUUUCAUCAUUUAUUUGCUGCAAUGUUACAUAUUUGUUUGAAACGCCACAGCCAACAAGCACAAAGGGAAAAAGCAUGGAUAAAUUAAGAGUCUCUUAAUUUAUUUGUUGUUCCAAUAAAACGUGUCCUUAACUAAA